AUUUAAAGAUCAGUCGGGAGUCAGACUCGCAGUCAGUGAAAGACUGAGAUGGACAGGAGAGAGAUGGUGGCUGGCGUCCUGUUCCUCCUACUGGGGGUAGUGGGAGCAGCCCCGCACAUGCUGGUCCUGAUCCCAUCGGAGAUCCAGCUGGGAAGCCCGGAGAAGUUGUGUGUGGUGCAGCCGGCCGGGGCGGAGGGGAGCGGGGGCUCCCUCAGGGUGACUAUGUCCUACGCCCAGGUCCACAUCACCCUCCUCCAGAUGGAAUCGCAGGACAUCGGAGCCUAUCGCUGCGUCCAGUUCACGGCGAGCGAAGGGGCAGUGAAACUGAAUCUGGACAAUGAAUGGAAUUCCGUGGCCAUAGUCACGGUGAUCGGAUCUGGGGAACUGGCCGCGAUCAAGAUCACCAAGAAAGUUCUCCUGAAGAAGUACCACUCUCUGACCUUUGUUCAGACCGACAAACCCGUCUACAAACCAGGGCAGACAGUGCGGUUCCGGGUGGUGUCAUUGGACCAGGACUUCCAGCCGACCCUGGAGAAGUACCCGCUGAUAAUCCUCUAUGACCUUGCGCAGUAUCGGAUUGGCCAGUGGCUGGACCAGGCGGGCAGUCAUGGGAUCGUGGAUCUCAGCUUCGACCUGAGUCCCGACACUCCGAUGGGCUCGUACAUGAUCCAAGUGCAGAAGUCCAGCGGGAAAGUGACCCACAGCUUCACCGUGGAGGAAUACGUGCUGCCCAAGUUUGAACUGAAGGUUCAUCUUCCCAAACAAAUCACUAUCCUAGACACAAGGAUUCUCAUCAAAGUGUGUGGCAGAUACACCUAUGGUAAACCCAUGCGGGGAGAUGUUAACGGCACUGUUUGCCUGCAAACAGUUUACCGUUCUCAGAGAAACUGUCACAUCAUGACAGGCAAGACGGAUACAGACGGCUGCUUCUCCAGGGAUCUGUCCAUGGACACCUUCCGGAUCAGGACCAACCGGCGCUCUGGGAACAUCCACGCACACUUCGUAGUGGCUGAGGAGGGGACAGGGAUAAGGAGGGAAGGUUCGGGCAGCUGCCAGGUAUCAUCAGAGGUCACCACGAUCAGUUUUGAGGAGGUGGAAAAAUACUACAAGACCGGGAUCCCGUACACAGGAAAGGUGAAGGUGAAAUAUGUCACCGGCCGCCCGUUUGCAAACGCACGGAUAUAUUUGUUCAAUUCCCAAUAUCCGGGAGCACAGCAGGUUGUUGCGGACGAGAGAGGAUUGGCCACGUUCACCUUCAACACCUCCACCUGGGAGAUGCAGCCUGUGCAACUCAUGGCUAUUUACCAGCUGCUCCCUAACGAACACUAUUCAGCCAGACACGUUCCCGCCCGCCAUUCCAUCAAACCCUUCUACUCCAGGUCGGGCAGCUUCAUCUCCAUCGGGAAGGUCGGCAGCGAGAUGCCGUGCGAUUCCCAGCUGGACCUGCCCGUCACUUAUGUGUUCCAGAACCUUCCGCAGGGAGCUCCUCUCCACCUCCACCUCUUCCAGCUGGUCAUGGCCAAAGGGAAGAUCAUCAGCCUGGAGAGCACCCCCCUCAUUGUCGGGGGGACGCACGCCCUACAGGGGGUGCUGACGCUACCGCUCCGCCUGGCCGCCCUCCUGGCUCCCACCGCCCGGCUCCUGGUCUUCACCGCCCUGCCCAGUGGCGAGAUGGUGGCCGACUCCACAUACAUACACAUGGACAAGUGCUUCCGCAACAAGGUGCAGCUGGGUUUCUCCGUGCCGGAGGAGUUGCCGGGCAGCCAGGUGUCGCUGCACGUCACCGCCGCCCCCGGCUCCCUCUGCGGUCUCCGCAUCGUCGACCACAGUGUGCUGCUCCUCAAACCCGAGAGUGAGCUCACAGUACAAAGUGUCUACUCCAUGCUGCCGGUCACUGACCUGAACGACUACUCCAACUCAGUGCGUGACCAUAACUCUGACAACUGUGUUCCUCAGCCUGACGAUUCACUGCUCAAACAGUUCAACAAGGACUCGGUCAUUGACGUGGCUCAGUUGCUGCAGGGCCUAGGCCUGAUGGUCUUCACGGACCUGGAAUACCAGGUGCCCCUCAACUGCGAAGCGAGAGGAAUAGUCUAUCACUCAUAUUGGGGUGAGUAGUGAUGCCUGCUGACC